UCCCGCUAACACUAAUCGCCCUGCAAGUCACAAAAUGGCAGCCCUUAAUUGUGGAGCGCUAAAAACACCCUUGAGCCACACGGAUUUCGAAAAUGAAAUUAAUAUCAUUAACAUACUCCCACUGGCUUUUUAAAUGGACGCUCGAAUAUCGUUUUUUUUUUCGCGAAGUUAGACCAUUCUUACAAAGAUUGCGCUACUAACACUGUUUUGUUUAUGAAUGCUUAAACAUUUAUUGUUGUGUAACGGAGGAAAGUAUUUUUCGCUAUUUUUUUUUAGUCGAUAAUGGACAACAUCUGGUACUGGAAAAAACCAUUAACUUUAAAUGAAUUAUUGGAAGAGGUUGAGAAUAUUGAUAACGAAAUUCCCUCUCCGGAUGCGAUUGUGAUUCUGCCACCAACAAAUGCUAAUGGCUAUGUGACAGACGAGGACUCUGGCGACGAUGACCAGGUCACAAUGAACAAUCUUCCCGGUAGUUUCCAUAAUUCCGAAGCUGAACCUGUUUUCAAAGCAACCAGUCAGGCAAUCGAUGGCAAUGAGGAUAACUUAGAUGAUAGUAAUGAUGAUGUGCCUCUAUCUAGUUAGUGCUGUAAAAAGC